AAGCGCAACAGAAAAACGAAAAUACGCAAAACUGAGCCGAAAAGCAAACAAGGCCAACCACAUCGACAGUGGGCAACGAUUAGAAGCAUAGAAUUUCGUAAUGGAGCACUUAGCGCCCCAAAACAAACCAAAUAAACCCCCGACGGGCCAUGUAGAGUCAGAGUAGUCUGGAGUUUGCACUGAAGCUUAGGAACUGCAUCAUUGGAGCCGGCUGGCUGGCUGGCGGGAGAAGUUGUAAACGGCCGCUAGGAGGAGGGAGCAGCAGUCGGGGAAGGCGGCUGCAUCAAAGCACUAAUGUUUGACCCAGUUUGGAGCAUGACAGGAAAGGAACUGCGCAUAACUAUUUGGCGUUUUGAUCAUUAAAAACUGGUUGGCCCAAACCGAGCCAGCGACAAAGCCAGCGCGACGCCCAUGCCAAUAGCAUGAGCUUUUUUUUGGUCGGACGCACAGCUCGAGGCUUUAAAAGCGCCAACGCCGCCGGUCAGCGCAAGAGUUUUAAUAUUUGAUUAACGCGAAGCGUGCGCGACUAACGGAAUAGCGGAACAGCAUAGUCACACUCAUAGUCAUAGUCAUGGCAAAUCGGCAUUGGAAUUGCAAACGAGCACUACUCCUGCUGCAGCUGAUCGCCGGCAUCUGGGCCUUUCCGGACGGUGCUCCGGCCGACACGUGCGUCAAGCAGCGCGCCAAUCAGCCCAAUCAUGGCAAGGCGCGCACUCAGCCGGCGCACACGAAUCCGUUCGAGGUGGUGGCCAGCUCGCAGACCUACCAUCCGGGCCAGCAAGUCUCUGUGGUCAUCUAUGCCCAGGAGCUGCAUCAGUCCACCACGUUUCGUGGCUUCUUUCUGCAGGCGCGCGAUGCCAGCUCGAACGAAUGGAUUGGCGAAUGGGUGCAGAGCGAGAACACCAAGACUAUACCCGAGUGCUCGGCCAUAACGCAUUCGGAUAACCGGGAUAAACUGGGCGCCAAGCUCAUAUGGAAGGCGCCCCAAAAUAAGCGAGGCAACGUCUACUUCACCGGCACGGUGCUGAAAGACUACGGCAAUUUCUGGAGCGAUAUUGUGGGCAAGGUGCAAGCGCAACCGCUACCGCAAUAGGCUGCAACAACUGGAAUACAAUUCUAGAAUUGUACAUUAAAUGUUGCAAUAAAUCAUAAACACUUAAUAUAGUAGUACACAACGACAAAAUACUUGCUUGUUUUUCCUUAUUUUUUUAUUAUUUUUUUUUUUUAGUGCAAGCCUCAUUAAAGACCAAAACGGGCCAAGCCCCUUGCCAAACAACACUAAAUUAUUGGCUUUACGUUUAUGAAUGACCAUUCACUCACACA